UAACUAGUCCAUAAUUGAGAUAAGAGUAGUUAGCAAUUUAUAACUUCCCUUUUGAAAAUGACAAGCAUUAUGAGAUUCUAGUAACUAAAUGGCAGGAUCCAUUCUUGAAAAAAUAGCAAAAGAUGUAGUAGUACAUUAGAGAGGUUGAGUUUGUUGGGGUUGGGUGGGAUAGUCAACAGUUUUGCUUCUUCUAAACUUUUUCCUAUAAUUCUUAGCAUUGUUUAGUAUUUUGAUAGGUCACUAUCCAUCUAUUUGAAUAAGGUUAUAGGUGAACUGUUUGGUCAUCUACUUGUUCAAUUGACUUAGUGGGACUUGAUGAUCUCCAAUUAAAGCUUGAUUAGUAGCAAAUUGUGUCUUUUAUCAGGAUCAUUGUUGCGGUGUUGAGAAUUAUUGAGAGCUUUGGUGAUGUAUUCAUGGCAUGGCUACCAAUGUACAGUGAGGCAAAGUUGGCACUUAUCAUCUACUUAUGGUAUCCAAAAACAAAGGGUACAGGAUACAUAUAUGAUGCCUUGUUGAAGCCAUUUGUGUCAAAGCAUGAACCAGAGAUUGACAGGGGUUUUCUAGAGUUCAGAGCCAGGGCAUUUGACUUGGCUAUUUACUACUGGCACAAUUGCACUGAAUUGGGCCAAGCAAAAUUCUUUCAAUUGCUUGAUUUUAUAGCUGCUCCCUCUAGAAGAACUUCACAUCUCAGCUCCGAGCAAAGAAAUGGGACUGACCAUUCUCGCGGAGCGCCACCUCCUUCGGCCCCACCAGCACCACCGUCAUCAUCAUCCUUCAGUUUAUUCAGGAGGAACAAGCCGCCGUCAGACAGGAGGCAGCCACCACCAUCGCCACGGAGGCAGCCACCUCAAUCGCCGCGGUCUUACUACGCUCACCGGUCAACUUUUCUUCCUUCUAAACCGGAAACGGUCCAAGUGCACCCGGAGGAUCUUUCAUUCCUAGACACAGACUAUUUUGAAUCCGGUUCGGACCAUGCUGCCCGGCCCAAAUAUAGGCGCAGUUAGUCAACAGAUAGUUUACCAGAAAUAGUAGUAAGAAAAUUGUACAUUGUAAAUAAGCCAACAAAAUAAAAAUAAAAAGUAAACUCAGAUUUUAAAUAUUUUUUAUUGAACGUU